AUGUCAACCGAGACGGCGCAGCAGCUGGUUCAGGAGAUGUUGAUAGCGAUGAGGAGUCACGAUGAGAAGCCGGACGACCACCAGGAGGGUGACGACUCGGCGGAUCGCAAGGACUCGCACCGCGUGUGGCAGAGGGGCGACCGACGGUGGUGGACCGGCUGGAGCGAGGGGCCAGCAGACGGCACCCCUUCAGCAGCCGGUGCAACGUCGAGUGCCAUCGGCACGCAGACGCACCAAGGCUCAGGGACCGAGGCCGGGUCGGGCGAUCGCUGGUGGGAGACGGGGGCCGAGUGGGACCCGAAGGGCAGCGACGACAGACGUGGCUUCGACAAGUGGUCCAGGCAGGGCGCAGACCCAUGGUCUCGCGCAGGUGCCGACUGGAGCAGCGACAGAUGGGACGAGAUGGUGGAGAUGAGCGGGGAUGGCAGUCCGGAUGGAACCAUGGGGGACUGCGCAGACCCCGAGAAGUGGGAGAGCUGGGCCAACUACCGACUGUGGAGGCGCAAAAUCCAGAGGUGGCGCCGCGCGACUGACAUCGCUCGCUGGAAGCAGGGCGACCGGCUGUUCAAGUCUCUGGACGCCGACCUGCAGCGUUAG